AUGAGGAGUGCCUUCGAUGAGCGUUUACGGGAUCAUGACUAUGAUGGGACAAGAUCCGGCCUUCUGACUAGGCCUAUAGAUGAGAAAUACAAACCGAUCAUAUCUCAGAUGAUCGAUGACCACGAGGAUCUGUUUGAGCAAGAAAACAAAUUCCGCUUAUUAGAAAGCGCGCAGGCUAAGAUGAGAUUCGAUUGGCCGAAGGCCGAACGCUCAAUGAUAUUGAUGACAAACACCAUUGCUUCCAGACAGCUUCGCACAGCUCUGAAACGCAAGGUAUUGAUCUUGGUGCAGCGCAAUAACAAUCUCAGAGAAGAGCUUUGGCAUGCAGAUCGAGCUCGUGUUUGGGCCGGGGCGUGGUCACUGGCACGUCAGAUCCUGAUGAAAAGAGACAAGGUGCAAGCCCAGACCGAAUUAUAUCUUGCCGCUCUCGCCAGGAACGAUGUCAAGGGUGCUAGAUCUGAGAUCAAUAAGCUGAGAAUCUUGCAACCCUCCGGAGUUCAUCGCUUCAAGUCCCUAGAACUUCGCGCGGAUCUGUUAGAGGCCAAGCACAACAAUCACCAAGAAGAGAUUGCCUCUUUGUCUGCACUUCUUGAUGCAGACUGCGAGACGUUGAACCGAUUCUUCCUCGAGUCGUCGGAAGGUGCUGUCUCUGGAGAGUCCACCGCGCCCGCAAGCUCUUUGUCCCUCCAAACCGAAGAAGAGUCAGAUCGUCUUAUCGCAGAAAGUCAGAACGCAGCAUCUUCUGGUGAUUGGUAUCAGGCCAAGUCUCUACUGGCCUCAAUUUCGAACAAGAGAAUAUCCGGCCCAUGUCGGAGGAAGCUGGACUUGCAGCGAGAAGAGAGCAUCCGUGAUGACGAAGCCUUGGAACGAGAGGCUAAACAGGCGGAGUUGGAAGGCGACUGGGACAGGGCGAAAUCUCUCCUGUCUAGCAUCAAGAGUGACUUUGGCAAGUUUCUUCUCCUCGCGCUGGAAUACACCAAAUCGCGGUUAAGCAAUGAUGAAGAAGAGGAAUACUUGGACUUGAUCAGGCAGCUUCAACAAUCGUUUGCCGACCCAUGGCUUGGCGCGGUGGAAAAGGCUCACUUGUUUCAUCGUGCGACACGUCUCGGACCACCCGGUAGAGCCAAAGCAGAACGUGGUCGGGGUAUUCUAUGGGAAAAGCCAGAUGGGUUCCGUGAGAUAUUCGUGAUAAUAGCCGAGAAUAUGCGCUAUAUUGAGGGGAAAAGGUGGUAUGGCUUGCCACUCAAAGCCCCAUCUCCACGUGGUGAUCGUCAACGCAAGAACUUUGAAGAGCAGCGCGACUUCAGACAAGGGUGCUUCAGACUUGCACAGGCAGAGCUGCAAGAAAGUUUUAAGAAAGCCGAGGCUAUCCUGGAUCAGAUCCCGACCUAUACCGGAGACAAAUCUGGCGUCGCCCGGGAGCUCAUGCAUGAUUUGAAGAUCCAGGCAGCCAAAGUCUUCGAGCAAGUCUCGCAUGAAGCAUGA